GUCACUUCCGCCGUGUAGCGCCGCUGUAACAUGUAAACACGGAAGCGCAGUGCUGAAAAACAAAAGCGGUUGUCACCGGGGACCCAGCAGGUGACCGGAGGGAUCGCAGUCUGUCACGACAUAACGUCUCUGCAUCUGUCGUACAGCUGUUCCCGUGUCCGCCAUGUCCCAGGAGCGCGGUGUCAAUGGGCUCCGGUUCAACCAAGACCAGAGCUGCUUCUGUUGUGCGAUGGAGACGGGAGUCCGGAUAUUUAACAUUGAACCCCUGAUGGAGAAAGGACACCUGGAUGUGGAGCAGGUGGGCAGCGUCGGACAGGCUGAAAUGCUGCACAGGUCUAAUCUCUUGGCACUGGUGGGUGGCGGAAGUAACCCCAAGUUCUCCGAUAUAUCAGUGCUUAUCUGGGAUGACUCGAGGGAUGGCAAAGACAGGCUGGUGCUGGAGUUCACAUUCACCAAACCCGUGCUCAGCGUACGACUGCGAGCUGACAAGAUCGUCAUCGUAGUGAAAAACCGGAUUUAUGUCUACUCCUUCCCAGAUAACCCAACUAAACUAUUCGAAUUUGAUACAAGAGACAACCCUAAAGGCCUGUGCGAUCUCUCCCCCAGUAUGGAGAAACAUUUGCUAAUCUUCCCAGGCCAUAAAUGCGGCAGCUUACAGCUGGUGGAUCUGUGUAACGCCAAGCCUGGCAGCUCGUCCGCCCCAUUUACGAUAAAUGCCCAUCAGAGUGAACUAGGCUGCGUAGCGGUCAAUCAGCAGGGUACUCUGGUGGCUUCAGCUUCACGUAAAGGAACCUUAAUACGGCUCUUUGACACCCAGACCCGGGAGCAGCUGGUGGAACUACGGCGCGGUACCGAUCCAGCCACACUCUACUGUAUCAACUUCAGCCAUGACAGCUCCUUUCUGUGUAGCUCCAGUGAUAAAGGAACCGUGCACAUAUUUGCUCUGAAGGACACAAAGCUGAACCGCCGCUCUGCGUUGGCACGCGUUGGUAAGGUUGGUCCCAUGAUCGGUCAGUACGUGGAUUCGCAGUGGAGUUUAGCCAGUUUCACCGUCCCCGCAGAAUCCGCCUGUAUCUGUGCCUUUGGUAAAAACACUUCUAAGAAUGUCAAUUCCGUCAUAGCCGUCUGUGUGGAUGGAACGUUUCACAAAUACGUCUUCACUCCAGAAGGGAACUGUAACCGCGAGGCCUUCGAUGUCUACUUGGACAUAUGUGAUGAUGACAUUUUUUAGGCUCCUCGUGAAGUGACUGUCACCCUCUGCUAAACGUGAAGGGGUCAGCCCCAAAACACAGACUGGCUGCCCCACAUGGUCUAUGAGAGACGAAUGCUGCGUGUAUACAGUAUUAUUGUACAUAGAUUGUAAUUUACUGUAUGUAUUCAUCUGUAACAUUUAUAGUAUUAAAAAUAUAAAGUGUAAGUAGGA